UCUGACCAGGUGGCCAGCAUGGAGGAGCUGACGAUCUGGGAGCAGCACACAGCCACACUCAGCAAGGACCCCCGCCGGGGCUUUGGCAUCGCCAUCUCUGGAGGCCGAGACCGGUCCAGCAGCUCCGUGAUCGUGUCAGAUGUAGUGCCUGGGGGACCUGCUGAGGGCAGGCUGAGAACAGGGGACCAGAUCGUCAUGGUGAAUGGAGUCCCCAUGGAGAGCGUCACCUCCGCCUUCGCCAUCCAGAUACUCAAGACGUGCACCAAGAUGGCGAACAUUACAGUGAAGCGGCCCCGGAAGAUCCAGCUGCCUGCCACCAAGGCUGCCCCCCUGAGCCCAGGGCCCCAGGACUCGGAUGAGGAGGAUGGACCCCCACAGUUUGAGGAUGCUGACCACGGCCGAGGCUACGAGGGAGACUCGUCCAGUGGCUCUGGGCGCUCGUGGGGUGAGCGCUCGCGCCGGCCGAGGACUGGCCGCCGAAGCCGGACUGGUAGUCAUGGGCGCAGGAGCCCGAGUGGUGGGUCCGAGGCCAACGGACUGGCCCUGGUGUCCGGCUUUAAGCGGCUCCCACGACAGGACGUGCUGAUGAGGCCGGUGAAGUCAGUGCUGGUGAGGCGGCGGGAGAGCGAAGAGUUUGGGGUCAAGCUGGGCAGUCAGAUCUUCAUCAAGCACAUCACAGAUUCGGGGCUGGCUGCCCGGAACCGGGGGCUACAGGAAGGGGACCUGAUCCUGCAGAUCAACGGUGUGUCCAGCGAGAACCUGUCCCUGAGCGACACACGCCGGCUGAUUGAGAAGUCUGAAGGGAAGCUCACUCUGUUGGUGCUCAGGGACCACAGCCAGUUCCUGGUGAACAUCCCACCUGCGGUCAGCGACAGUGACAAUGACAGCUCCCUCCUGGAGGAUAUCUCAGACCUGGGCUCUGAACUGUCUCAGGCACCCCCCUCCCACGUCCCUCCACCACCCCAGAACCGGCAGCGGAGCCCCGAGAGCAGCUGGACCCCCUCUCCUGUGGAGAGGCCCCAGCUUCAGCGGGAGAGGUCUCAGGACUCCAGAGCCGUCUCGGAACCAGGUGAGGGGUGGGCAGACUCCCCCCGGGAGAGCAGCUAUGACAUUUACCGGGUGCCUAGUGGCCAGAGCUUGGAGGAGCGUGGGUAUAGCCCUGACGUGCGGGUGGUCCGCUUCCCCAAAGGCACCAGCAUUGGGCUUCGUCUGGCCGGAGGCAACGACGUGGGCAUCUUCGUGUCAGGGGUGCAGGCGGGCAGCCCGGCUGAUGGGCAGGGCAUCCAGGAGGGGGACCAGAUCCUAGAGGCCAAUGACAUGCCCUUCCGGAACCUGACUCGAGAGGAGGCUGUGCAGUUCCUGCUGGGGCUGCCCCCAGGCGAGGAGGUGGAGCUGGUGAUGCAACGGAAGCAGGACAUCUUCCGGAAGAUGGUGCAGUCCCGCGUGGGAGAUUCCUUCUACAUCCGCACCCACUUUGAGAUGGAGCCCAGCCCUCCGUCUGGCCUGGGCUUCACGCGUGGGGAUGUCUUCCACGUGGUCGACACGCUGUACCCAGGGCCUGGGCCGAACCACGCCCGUGGGGGCCACUGGCUGGCGGUGCGCAUGGGCCGGGACCUCCGGGAACAAGAGCGGGGCAUCAUUCCCAACCAGAGCAGGGCAGAGCAGCUGGCCAGUCUGGAGGCUGCCCAGAGGGCCGUGGGGGCCCUGCCCGGUGCCUCGGCCGCCGGCUCCAACGCCCGCGCUGAGUUCUGGCGGCUGCGGGGUCUUCGCCGGGGAGCCAAGAAGACCACCCACCAGAGUCGGGAGGACCUGUCUGCGCUGACCAAACAGGGCCACUACCCACCCUACGAGCGUGUGGUGCUUCGAGAAGCCAGCUUUAGGCGCCCGGUGGUGAUCCUGGGGCCCGUGGCUGACAUUGCUAUGCAGAAGCUGACCGCCGAGAUGCCUGACCAGUUUGAAAUCGCAGAGAGUGUGUCCAGAACUGAGAGCCCCUCAAAAAUCAUCAAGCUGGACACCGUGCGGGUGAUCGCAGAAAAGGACAAGCACGCGCUCCUGGAUGUGACGCCCUCGGCCAUCGAGCGCCUCAACUACGUGCAGUACUACCCCAUUGUGGUCUUCUGCGCCCCCGAGAGCCGGCCCAUGCUCAAGGCCCUGCGGCAGUGGCUGGCCCCCGCCUCCCGCCGCAGCUCUCGCCGCCUAUACGCACAGGCACAGAAGCUGCGGAAGUACAACAGCCACCUUUUCACAGCCGUCAUCCCUCUGAGCGGCACGAGCGAGGCCUGGUACCAGGACCUCAAGGCCAUCAUCCAAGAGCAGCAGAUGCAGCCCAUCUGGACGGCUGAGGACCAGCUGGACGGCUCCUCAGAGGACAACCUGGACCUCCCGCUCCGCGGCCUGGCUGACAGCUCCGCCGAACUCAGCUGUGACAGCCGGGCCAACAGCGACUACGAGACGGACGGUGAGGGCCACACGGACGGCGAGGGGGGCGCCCACACGGACGUGGACGAGGGGCCCCCGACGCCAGCGCUGGCCCGGUCCUCGGAGCCCGUGCUGGAGGACGUGCCCCAGAACCCUCGGGAUCAUGGGGGAUCCUUGGCCCCCCGGGGAGUCCAGGUGGACAGCUGGCACCCCCAGGGGCAGUGGCGGCAGGACAGCAUGCGGACGUACGAGCGGGAGGCCCUGAAGAAGAAGUUUACACAUGCCCGAGCCCGAGACGUGGAAUCUUCCGAUGAAGAAGGUUACGACUGGGGCCCCGCCACGGACCUGUGA